UUUCGUUAUCUUCUCCGUUUUGUUAUAACCCUAGCUCGGGACAACUCGCAUCUCUCGCCCAUUGUUUGCGUCUCCGUCAUUCUCUUCCGCCCUUACAUUCACCUCUUUCUCUCUUUUCCUCCAAACCCUAAUAUAGAUUUCUCUCUCUCCUCGAUUUCAAUUCUACUUCCAAUACCAGAUCUCUAAGUUCCGCUUUCGUUUUCAUUCAUUCAUUAAAUAAUAAAUUUGGCUUAAUUUUUAUAGCAUCGCAAAGAACCGUUUCGCGUUUUCGCCUACUUUGCAUUCGAGAAAAGUUAGUUUCCUUCGAUUAAGUUACUAUUUUGAUUUGAAUCGAUAAACGGUGAGGCUGAGCGUUAGAAUUUGAAAUUUCCAGCGUCGCGAGAGAAUUUCAGGUGUUAGUGUGAAACCUUAAGGAGUUGGUUGAUCUAAGGAGAAAAUGGUUGGAGGCGGAAGCAGGAGGGAGGAAGGUUCGUUGAUGUUGAACAACACGAACGUGUUUGCGGCGCUCGAUACUCUGAAGAAGAAGAAGAAGUCCGAUAAGGAGCGAAAGAGCAAAGGUUCUUCCACGAAAUCGCAAGGUGAAUCCACCAAAACGGAAUCGCAAGUGUUUUGGGCGCCAGCGCCGUUGAACGCGAAAUCUUGGGCCGAUGUUGACGAUGACGAUGACUAUUUCGCCACCACUGCACCGCCUCAGUCCGUUUGGAGCGUUCCCGAGACUCAUCAGAGUAAGGACAAACAUGGAAGUUUUGAGGAUAGCGAGAGCGAGGAAGAUAUUUUGGAUGAAGGGGACGAUGAGGUGGAGGAAGAGCAUGAUCAUGAACCAGAGUAUGCUGUGAAACCUGAACCCGAAGUUAAGAAGCAACCUGAAGUUUCUGCACCACCAAAGGAGGCAGAACGGCAGCUCUCUAAAAAGGAAAGGAAGAAGAAGGAGCUUGCAGAGCUUGAGGCUCUUCUAGCUGAUUUUGGAGUAACACCAAAACAAAGUAACGAUGGUCAAGAUGAGUCGCAAGGUGCAUCUCAGGAUAAGAAAGGAGUUGAGACUGAUGCAGAUGGAGAAAAGAAAGAAAACAUCACUGCAGAGUCUAAAAAUGCUAAGAAGAAGAAAAAGAAGGACAAAGCUUCCAAGGAGGUGAAAGAAUCUCAAGAUCAAUCCAACACAUCAGACACAAACAAUGGGCCUGAUUUGGCUCCAGGCACUGAAAAUGUGGAAGAGGAUACACCUACUGUGGAUGUGAAAGAGCGUCUUAAGAAGGUUGCUUCUACAAAGAAGAAGAAAUCUAGUAAAGAAAUGGAUGGUGCUGCAAGAGCUGCUGCUCAAGAGGCUGCUGCGAGGAGUGCAAGGCUUGCUGCAGCGAAGAAAAAGGAGAAGAACCAUUAUAACCAGCAGCCUGUGCGGUAAAAGAACCCUGCUCCUUAACAUCAAUACAGGAAUUUGUAUUUCUUGUUCAUAUAUGAUGAUGCGGAAUAAACAGUAAGGGCUCUGGGGAGUGGUGACUCUAGUCGUAUUCCAGUGGACCUGGAAAUUUUCUUCUAGCUUUUUGGGAAAUUAGUGUUCAAUUGUUCUGAACUUGCUAUUUUGGCACAGAAAAUUUUAGCUUUAAAAAUUACCUUGAACUACAUAGUUGUGUAUCGUAGUUCUUAUAUGUUCUGGUGGCUGAUCAAUUAGUUCUGACUGAGAGAAGUCGAAGUUUAUUCGUAGAAAGUGUUGUGUUGCUUUUAAGAGGUAAUGUAAACGUUGUGAGAUUUGAUCCAAUUGUUUUGGCGUCGCUGUUUUCGGUUCAAUCGGAAUCUUGUUAGAGAAUGCUCUAUGUAUGUUAUCUAGCUUCGGUGUCUUGUAUACUAUAGUAUACAGAUGUUCAGUUGUCACCAUCACUCUAGAUUAGCAAUGCGCUUGGUGACAGCACAUCAAGUCAACCCCCUCGCAUCCGAGGUGUCAAAAUUAGAAUGUUGAUAUGCAAAAAACGAGAGAGAUUAGUUGUCAUUAGAUGGUGAAAACUGUAUAGAUACGAGGUGAUGUGUGUUUAGCAAACUAAGCUUGGGCGUAGUGAUUUGAUUUCUUUCAUCUAGGGGUAAUCUCCCUUGGGGUUUCUUGGAGCAGGUUUGGAUUAGAUACUCUCAGAAAAGUUAAGUUGGGGUCUCUUGUUAUAUUUCCUUGUCAAAAAGCUCAUCAUAUUUUUUUUUAUUAUAAACAGGCUAAUUAGAUUCGCACUUAGUAAAGUUUCGUUUACAACAAAAAUAUUCUGUAUUCCAGUUUAGGGUAAGGUUAUUCGUAAUAUUGGAUUUAAAAAAAGGGUUAUUUAAAAGGUUUAAGAACAUAAUAAUUAGCUUAAAAUAUAUUAUAUAGAUCAUGUAUAGAAUAACUACAAUGUUUAUUGUAAUGGUUGUCAACAGACAGUUAAUCAUAAAACAAUCGACAAAAAUUAGGUUUAUUUCUUGGGUGUGCUUAUGAUAUUAUUAAAAACUUAAGAUUUUACUUCAAUAAAAAUUUUAUAUUUUCUUUUAUUGUAAGUUAUUGAAGUAAAAUCGUGGUUAAUCAAUAUUACUAAAAGUAUUGCACUUACAUUUUAAUAUAAGUCUUAUAAGACAAAUUCAUAUCACAUAAGACAUGAAUUUUGGGUGAACUUUGAUAAAUAACUUAGUUAAGUUGUUGUUAAAUGAGUUUUUAUGACGUGCAGAUUUGUGACAUAACUUUGGAUUAUGGAUUUUAUUUAAAUAAGUUUAAAAUAACUUAUUUUCAUAGAAUAUAUCAAUU